AUUUCGAAUAAUUUGUCUGAAAUUGAAAUUGAGAAUUACGCAUUUUGGGUUUUUUUUUUUCCUUCUAAAUUUCUUCUAUUAUAUAAUUCAAUUCACCAUUGCUUAGUUGUAUGAUUAAUUGAUUCGAAAAAGGCGCACACUUUUACUCAAAGUUUUGGGUAUUUUUUGUUUUGUAAUUUGACAUGGCUGAGAGACAAGUGGUAGAUCAACAGCACCAAAGUGAUGCACAGAUGCAAUCUCAAAUGGCUCCGAGGGGAGACAUGGUUUCGUGUGUAAUGGCGCUGGAGGCGGCUUUGCUUCCAUGCUUGCCUGCCAGAGAGCUUCAAGCGAUUGACCGCUCUCCCAACCCGUCUCAUCAGAUUGAUGUGGAGCGGCAUGCCAGAGACUUUAUGGAAGCUGCCAAAAAGCUUCAACUGUACUUUAUCAGUCUGCAACGUGAGGAUCAGCCAACGAAGGCUGAACAGCUAAGAAAGGAGAUUGAUGCAAUGGAAGAGGAGUUGAGGAUAAAGACCGAGAUCAUCAAGAAGCAUGAAAGUUUGAUCCAAGGGUGGAAAAAGGAGCUGAAAGACCAAUUGGACAAGCAUAACACUGAGCUUGAGAGGGUUUAGUUACUUGAGCAAUACAAUUAUAGUAAUCUACGGGAUUCCGUUUGUUGGUUGAUCAAUUUGUAGCAUCCGUAAAGAUUCUCUGUGUUCUUUUUAAACAUCCUGUGCAAUUCAACUCUAUCGUGUACAAACUAAGAUCAGUAAAGAUUAAAAAUGUUGAUUCUACAA